AUGUUACUGUCCCAAAUACUACUUUGUGUUGCUUGCUUUGUUUUAACUGAAAGCAAGACGAAAAAUAUUUAUCGACAAGAAGUUAGAAAAUUCCCAGAUCAAAUGCUUUUUGGUUCUGCGACUGCUGCGUAUCAAAUCGAGGGAGCUUGGAACGAAGACGGAAAAUCAGAAAAUAUAUGGGAUCGUUUAAGUCAUCAGGACCCAUGCCGUAUUACAGAGUGUCACACAGGGGAUAUUGCUGCUAAUUCUUACUAUUCGUAUAAAAGAGACGUGGAAAUGAUACGAGAACUCGGUCUUGACUUCUACAGAUUUUCACUGUCGUGGACGAGAAUUCUUCCAACUAGCUUCCCAGACAAGAUUAAUGAAAAAGGGGUCGAGUACUACAAUAACUUAAUUAACGAAUUGCUUACAUACAAUAUUGAACCUAUGGUAACAAUAUACCACUGGGACUUGCCUCAGAAGUUACAAGAACUCGGUGGUUGGGCUAAUCCUCACAUUGUAGAUUGGUAUACAGAUUACGCCAGAGUGGUUUUUGAGUUAUUUGGAGACAAAGUUAAAUAUUGGUUUACAAUAAAUGAACCACGACAAAUAUGUGAUAUGGGGUAUGGCACAGCAGCAUUUGCUCCCUUAUUAAAUGAAUCUGGAUAUGGUGAUUAUCUUUGCUCGAAACAUAUCUUAUUAGCCCAUGCCAAAGCUUAUCACCUAUAUAAUGAUGAAUACAGAUCUAAGCAAGGUGGCACUAUUGGGAUAGUUAUUAGUGCAUCUUGGCUCGAACCAGAGUCUGAUGAGCAUGCUGAAGCUGCAGAAGAUGCGAGACAGUUUGAGUGGGGCAUUUACGCCAAUCCUAUCUUUUCUGAAAAAGGAGGCUUUCCUGAAGUAAUGAAGCAAAAAGUAGCACUUAAAAGCAUGAUUCAAGGAUUUCCGCGAUCAAGACUCCCCGAAUUUACUCCCGAAGAAGUCGAAUUUGUAAAAGGAACCUCUGAUUUCUUUGGUCUAAAUCAUUAUAGUUCAUCAUUUGUCUAUAGAAAUGAGUCUGUUUAUGGGUAUCAUAGAGAACCAUCUUUAAAUGACGAUGUCAGCGUUAUUUCAUAUAAAGAUAGCUCAUGGGAAGGAUAUCACACUAAGAUGGCACCAUGGGGCUUCUACAAGCUUUUAACAAAAAUAAGAGAAGACUACGACAAUCCACCUAUUUUUAUUGCUGAAAACGGUUACGGCUCUCUAAGAAGUCUCGCAGAUGACGAUCGUGUUAAAUAUUAUAGACAGUAUCUCGAUGCGGUCCUAGACGUUAUAGAAGAAGGUUCUGAUAUAAUUGCAUAUACUGCGUGGAGCUUAAUGGACAAUUUUGAAUGGAUGGAAGGAUAUACUGUCCGAUUUGGUUUAUACGAAGUGGAUUAUGAGAGCCCGGAGCGGACUCGCACGCCUCGCAAGUCUGCGUACGUGUACAAAGAGAUCGCGCGCACACACACACUGGACCACAAUUAUGAACCAGACAUAAGUGUACCACUCUCUAUCGAUGAAGGACAUUAACGUUGUUAAAGAUCUUAAUUGUUUUUUAAUUCACUUUGUCAUUAUUAUAUGGAUUUCAUUAUUAACGACAAUUUAUACAAUACACGAAACCAAAGAAAUUAAUAAUAAAAAUAUUUACUCAAGUA